AUUCAAUAAUUUUUGAUAAAAUGGAAAAAUACCCUUCUUUUGACAAAAUUAGAAAAAUGGUGCACAACAAAAUUGACAACACGAGCUGUUUAUUUGAGAAGAUUAAGACCGAUUACCAGCAUAAGAAAAAGGACAAGUCGUACAUACAGAGCACGCUGUUCAGCGAGGGGAUACAGCAGCUGUUGCUGAGCAUUAUAAGUGAUAAUAAGGAAAGGGAGGAUGAUGAGGAGAGCAGUGGAGAUAAUUGCGUGUUUUGCUCGUAUGACCAUUUUAAAAAACAGUUCAGGGGUGAAAAGGGAAAGGAUGGGGACUUUUUUGACUCGUUGAGCUUUGAGAAGAGCGUGGUGCUCGAAAGUGCAGACGAGCUCAUCGAAGAAACAGCCGGUUUUGAGAAGAGCGUGGUUGUGCAUAGUGGAAUCGGUGCCGAUGAUCAUGCGGAUGACUGCUCUGCUGAUCUGGCACACAGGGAUAAGGCGGAGCCUUGCCGUGAAGAAGACAUGAAAAGAAACUCUGAUUGGAAUGAGUUUAUGGGCGGCAAGAUGGGGUGUGAGCAUUCGCAUCGCGACGUGAGGGACAUUAGAAAACUGAAAUUUACGCGUGGCAGCGAUUUUGGACAAAUUGGGGUGAAUUGCGGCGGUAGUUUUGAAAGUGAGGAAAAGCAUUGCAUUGCUAUGAAUGAGGGGGCAAAAUGCAGCACUUCCACAGAUGUAGAGGGAAGGCAUUGCAUUGCUAUGAAUGAGGGGGCAAAAUGCAGCACUUCCACAGAUGUAGAGGGAAGGCAUUGCAUUUCAAUGAAUGGAGGAGAUGGCACUCCCGUGCAUGUGAACAAAAAUGUUACAAAACACCGCACCAGCUCUUACGCUAGAUGCAUCACCAAUCAAAACUGCAACACCAGUUUCUUCAAAUCAGGCCAAUGCUCAGCCGAACGAAGCAUAAAACAAACCAAAUACGUGCAUGAAACUGUAAAAAGCACGAUGCAUGGCACGAACAUUUAUGCAAACAAGGUCAUCAACAUACGUCUCAAAAGGGGUGCCAGGAGUGAUGACAGUUCUGUCAAGGUGUAUAAAAACAAAAAGAUGCGUUUGAGCGCAGUGAGGAAAUUGGACAAUGCAACAGUUGGAGAAAAGGUAAGCGGUGGAGAUGUUGUGGCAUCAACGGUAAGAGAGUGUGUAAACGGUGACAAGGAAUGUGUGGGCAAGAGUGUGCUAAGGAUCGAAAAUACAAGAAAUUUGAAGAGAAAGCUCAGAAUAUCGGAAGGUGCCAAAAUGUUGCUCUCUGAGGCGGAUCGGUCGUUGCUGCUUGGUGGCGACUCGCACGGGGUGUGUGCUGUGGCGAAUGAGCGUGACAUGCGGAAUGAAGAUAAAUCACACGGAAUGUGUGCCGCGGUCAACGAGUACGAUGAGCACAACACGCUCAAAAGCAAAUUACUCGAUCUGAAAAGAGAAGAACUGUUCUUGAACAGAAAGUUGACCUUGAACCGUGUAACAGACGUGAACGCCGCCCAAAACAGUGCUGUAUCGUGCGACUUGUUUGGUACACGAUCACGUAUUUUCAAGAAACAGGGAAUAUUCUUAAAGGAGAACAAGCCGAUGCGCAGGAAAUCCCUGAAAAUAAACAUAAAGAAGAACAGAAAGAAAUACAAAAUAGAAUUUAAGGAUGACAGCAGCGUGUUGAGUUCGAACGAUAAGUGCCCUCCGGACGAAAACAUUUCGUGCAAUAGGGAGGUGGCUGAGCAGAUGCUCUCAGAGGCUGAACUGGUGAGCAUUCUCAAGCCAAAAACGCGGUACUUUUCAACGAUGAACCUAAAAGGCGUAAAGAAGGUCGCUGAGGCAUCGUUCUCUGAUGUGUACAAAUUCAAGGACAAGAUUUACAAAAUCAUACCGUUCACCGAAUAUUACACGAAGGAGGAGUUUCUUAGGGAAGUGUACGUGCUUAAGACACUGCAGAACGAGAAAUACGUGAUAAAAAUGCGGAAUUUCUUCCUGUGCAAGGGCGCGUACAACCAGCAUUUGUACACCGCAUGGGAUGCGUAUGCCAAAAAGCACAAAUCGGAGAAUAAGAGACCGAGUGGUUGUGGAAAAGGUGAAGAUUACGGCUGUUUAGUGAUGGAAGAUGCAGGCACUGAUCUUGAGAACUACCAGUUCAAGAAGAUAAGCGACAUUCUGUUCUUCCUCAAAAUCAUUAUUGAGUGUCUCUCAGUGCUUGAGUUUAAGUACCAGUUCGAACACCGGGACCUCCACUGGGGUAAUAUCCUGAUCCAGGACAACAGCAUGCGGAACGACAGUUUGUGUACGUUCAGCGAGAAUCUGCGCAAUUUUAAUUUGAGCAGCCGCUUCGUGACUGAGGAUAGUGCACCGUUCAAAGUGAGUAUAAUAGAUUUUGGGCUUUCGCGCCUUUCAACCGAUCACGGUCUUGUGUACAAGGACCUAUCACCCGAAAAAGAGCUGUUUGAGGGCACAGGCGACGAGCAGUACGAUGUUUACAGGCUGAUGAAGAAGAUAUGUUGCAACGAGUGGUCCAAGUUCAACCCGUUCACCAACGUGUUAUGGAUUAAAUACCUGGUCAACAAACUGAAGGACAAAGGCCUUGGCGAAGAACUGUGUGAUAGAAUAAUGAGAAUGGUUGUUGCUUCAGGGUCUGCCACCGAGCUAGAGCAGCAUAUGCAAUCGAUUUAAUAGAGUUCUUAUUUAUUGGAGAGGAGUAAUUUAUUAAAGAGUUUUAACGUAUUGUGGUUGUAGUGUGUGGAGGGAACGGUUUGUAUAUGUGUGAUAGAUUAUCAUUGUUGUUAGCGGUGCAACGAUUGUUACCUUUUGUGCGGAGCAGUGCAUGCUAAUGCUGGUUUUAUGUUCAUGAAAGAUUGUGUUACAUCACAGGCAUAUUUCACGUAUCUGCGCUCGGAGGGUUUGCCUGGUAAUUGGAUGUAGCAAUGAAGGCAUACUGAUAGGUUAAAAUGUGAUUGACUUAAGAGAAUACGACAAAUACAGCGUAAUGACAAUGCGUUGGUGACCACGAGUUUGUAUCGUUUUAGAUGUUCUUCUGGUGUAUGAGCAGUAAAUAAACGUACCGUUGGUAACAAA